CGCCAUUUUGACGAAGAGUGACAUUGUCUCUUUGGAAGAUUUGCUGCCAUUCAACUCCUAAAUCUGUCAUUUACCGCCACGUGUGUGGUGUCAAUGAAGGUGACAGGAUGCAGCACACCACAGUGGCGAUGCCAGCCCUGCCCUCUGCUGGAAUACCAAUCUAUCAAGACGGACAGAUAAUACAAGCACAGGUUAUCCACGUGGUAAAGUCGGACGCCCCGGCAAGCAAUACUAACCAUGUCCCACAAGCUGCGAACAUCACAACUAUACCACUACAAGAACCAGAGGCGGCAGACAUCGACAAACGCGCCAUCUAUAGGCAUCCUUUGUUCCCAUUGGUCGCGAUGUUGUUCGAGAAAUGUGAGCAGGCUACGUCGACACCCGAUUGUCCGCCAGCAGAUAGCUUCGAUGUUGACAUACACGCAUUCGUACACCAGCAGGAACAGGACGUGAAACCCUUCUUCAGCGAUGACCCAGAUUUGGACAAUUUGAUGGUCAAAGCAAUCCAGGUGCUACGAAUUCAUUUAUUGGAACUGGAAAAGGUAAACGAACUCUGUAAAGAUUUCUGUAAUCGCUACGUCUCCUGUCUCAAGGGAAAACUCCAAAGUGACAAUUUAUUACGCGUGGAGGGCGAGGAUUUGUCUCCGUCGCCUCCGUUGCACAGUCCGGGGAUACCCCCCAUGCCGAAUACGCCAGUGCAGCAGCCGCAGACAGUUACGUCCGUCGGGAGCGUUAUGAUACAACAGAGCGUCUCGCAACCGGCUGCGUCGGUCGCGACCUUGAAUCAAGGUCAGAUUGUCUCGGGCGGCACUGUUUACCAGAUGGUGCAGACGCCACAGGGAAUCGUCGCACAACCGAUUCAGAUUCAGACCGUCCCACAAAUGACGCCACAGGUCACGACAGCCAGUGUCAUUCAUGGUAGUACACCUCUGUCACAGAUAGGUGUCCCCACAACUCCUGUCGCACCACUGACCCCCACAUGUACUAUGACGACAAUGGGAAAUCUAAGUGCCACACCUUUAUCUCCGCUGUCCGAUGGCGAAGAUUCCGGUCGAAAAGAUAAAAAUAACAAAAGAGGCGUGUUACCCAAACAAGCAACGCAGGUCAUGAAGUCUUGGUUAUUUCAACAUAUUGUGCAUCCGUACCCAACUGAAGAUGAAAAACGACAAAUUGCUGGUCAAACUAAUCUCUCAUUAUUACAAGUAAAUAACUGGUUCAUCAAUGCAAGGCGACGGAUCCUACAGCCAAUGUUGGACGCCAGCAAUCCGGACCAGACCAAGGUUAAAAAGACGAAACCGCAGAACCGGCCCGUGCAGCGGUUCUGGCCGGAAAACAUCGCAAAUAUUCAACCAAAGACAACAUCUGCACAACAGGAGGCAGCCAAGGGAGGACAAGUCCAGCAGGCACAGAUACUACCGCUCACACAGGGUCAACAAAUAAUAAUACCAGCUUCUGCAAUCGUAACUGCUGAUGGUCAAAUUCUGAACGCCACGACGACGACGGUGAACUAUGUACAGCAACUUCCCGGCACGACUCUCUCACCGAUGUUAGGCCAGGUCCAGCAUACAACCGACUCGCCGGCUUUAAUUGUACAAAACAACGAUGACUCUUUGAAUAAUUCAGACAGUGGGGACGUUAAUUUAGUCCUUGAUCACAGCGGAAAUUCAGAUCUGGAGUGAGAAUGUGUGAAUCUUUCGUUUAGAAAUUACGUGGAACAUAUGUGACCCGCUCUACCAAAACUAGGCGCAUGUCGCAUCUGAACUCGACAGGUUGAUACGGACUUGUUGUUCAUUUCCCUAUUGUAGACCUUUUGUGAAAUCUAUUACAAACUGAUUUGGUCACAUUUCACAAAAGGUCUACAAUAGGGAAAUGAACAACAAGUCCGUAUCAACCUGUCAAGUUCAGAUGCGACAAGCGCCUAGUUUUGGUAGAGCGGGUCACAUAUUUGAUGCGAUUGAUUAACCCUAUCAUUGCUGCAAGAUUUGGCAGUGUAUACUAAACCCUGGCCCUCUCUGGGUGUAGACUUGGCAGCCUGGGUCCCAACAUGGCUUGGGAAAUGUUCUUCGUAAAAAUGUGACCCAUCACAGCAAAACCAGGCGCAUGUCGCUCUGAGCUUGGCAGGUUGAGACGGACUGUUUGUUUAUUUCUCUGUUGUCUGCCUUUUGUGAAAUAUGAGCACAUCAAUUUCUUCCAUUAUCUUCUGGUGUCAUUUAGGCUCAUCUUCUGUGCGACAAGCGCCUGGUUUUGCUGUGACGGGUCACAAAUAGGUAGCAUUACCUAAUCUUACGACGAGGUCUUCACUGGGUGAUUUCAAAGUUGGUUUUGGUUUUAGUGUUGGGUGUUAAUGUCAGUUUUAUUCUUAAUUGCUACCCCUAAAAACCUAUGUCUGGAUAAGACAAAUUCAAGGUUUUAGUUUAACACCAACACCUGGUUUUAUCUAAACACCUAAAACCUGGGCUGAAACUAAGAAUAAGUUUUAUUCUGCAGGUAAAACUAACACCAAGAUGGACAGAGAUAAAACCUUGGAAAAACCAAACAUGCAUGUUGUUGUCGUUGUUACUGUUGUUUCCCUAUUGUUACCGCUUCCGAUCUAUAUAAAUUUGGUCGUCUUCUUUCACGUCCAUCAUCAUUCCCAUCAGCGUUCAAAAUACCAGCAACUACUUCUUGAAAUGGUACGAACAACAUGAUUUUUUUUCUUAACACCAACACCAACUUUGAAAUCCACUUGGUGUUAAUGCCUAAGGUGUUAGUUUUAUUGGUAAUACAAAAUGCACUACAAAUCUUCCAAAUAUAACACCGAGCUGGGAUUAAAAUCAGACCUUGGUAUUCCAAUUGGUUUCAGUGUGAAACUAAAACCUAAUUUGAAAUAGGAUAAUGCUAAAUCUGAGUGUCAAAACUAACACCAGAACUGAUUUCAUUUCUGGUGUUGUGGAGAGUUUUAGUUUUAGUCCCGGUGUUAGUUUUUGACACUAAAACCAUCCCUUAGUUUUAAGCUAAAACCGGACAUAAUGCUAAAACCAACAAACACCGACUUUGAAAUAGGAUGAAACUAAAACCUGCUUCAUUUCAAUGCUGGCUUAAUCAAGGGUUUUAGUGUUCCAUUUAGUUUUAAAACUAAAUCUAAAAACUGACUUUGAAAUCACCCAUUGAAUUGAGUACAGUGCUGCCACCUCGUUUUUUUAUGUGUAACCAACCAAAAUUUCAUGGGACAGUGGUGAAUGAUGGAACUUGUGGAAUAUUUCACGGAAUAUUGCCAAAAUUAUGCAGUGUACGGACCCGGUAAAUACUGUAGAUAGUAGCAUAAAGAGUUAAUUGAAUUCAACUAUGAAGACUCUGUGAAUAACAGUGGUUAGUUAUGGUCCAUAUUGGAGGUUUUAGGUCUUUAAUCGGGAGAAUUCUAGGAAUUUCUGGUUGAAUUUGCAAAAUCAUUUAGUCUGGGAUGAGGUAUAGUUUACCAAGAAUAACCAGUCAUAGUAGAAAAGGAGGUAGAGUGUGGUAAAGAGGGCCAAAGGGUGGGGGUGGUAAAAGUUUAAGGUUAAAGUUUAAAAUUGGAAAACCAGGAUAGCUCCACUGUUUUGUCAGUGAAGGUUGUUCCUAAAUUGUGCCAUAUUUCUGUAAUUCUGUACCCUUUGAACCUUAGAACUACAUAAGUACAUGCUACAUGUACCUUGGUGGUGUUCUUGAAAUCAGAUCGGGGUAGAUAGUUCAAAUUCUGGGGCUCAGAUUGAUAUAAAUGAUAGAAAGUGUGACAAAAUUUAUGUGGCAUUGACUA